CCUAAACAAUUUGAAUUGACUUGACCAAAACAUGCUUAUUUUUUGUUAAACUUGUUGAUGUUGAGUUAAAUCAAAGUAAAGUUAAGGUUUUAUAGUGACCAAAAUGUUAGAACCAGAAGUAAACAAUGAACGAACGGUACUGGAUUACCUGAACGAGGACUGCUGGCGGGCCGUGCUGCAGUACGUACCCGCGCAGGACCUCAUACGGACAGAGCGCGCCAGCCGCCGGUGGCAGGGUAUGGUGCUGACGUACUUGCAAGGAGUCCGAAUUACCAUUGAGAGAGAAGAAAUCCAACAAAACUACAGUACCUGUGGUUUAAAGCCAUCUAAAUAUAAGUCGUUUAUAAAUUGGACCAACAAACUGGGGGCAUCAGUUGUGUCCGCAUACUGCCACAAUUUGGAAAAUCUAGCAAUAAUCAAUGAAAACUGCCCCAACUUAGAAGCCCUUCAGUUAUCCCGUAUUGUAAUUGGGCCCGGACAACUGCUCCGACACAAUUUAAAUGACAACUUCACAUUCCUGCGCGGGGUUUCUUUCCAAGAGUGCUCUAUACAAGACAGCUAUGUAACCAAAUUCAUAGCUGAUAGAGCCUUAGAAAAACUAGAAAUCCGCAACUGCCCUUCUUUACAUGGUCUUUGUUUCGAUAGUUUGAACUUAUCAAACUUAAAAUCGCUCACCAUUGAAUGUAAUAGCGAGUCAUUUGAGGACGACAAAAUAAUUUCAAUCAUUGACCGAAGGAUAGACGGAGAAAUGCAGUCUGUGUUGAAUAAAAUGCCCAAAUUGGAAUGCCUAGAGCUGCACGGUGGGUAUGUGCAUGGGGAUGUGUCUGAGCACUUGAGUCGGCUGCCCCGGUUGAGGCACCUCAGUGUGACGUAUCAACUGGAGUAUCGGCAUGUGGACGUCAUUACGCGCUGUUGUCAGGAACUGCAGAGCUUGGAGCUGUUAGACUGUCAAUACCUGAUGGGCGUGGACGUGAUCUGGCGGCACGCGGGCGCGCGGCUCACGGCGCUGCGGCUCGACCAGUUCUACAUCGCGCGCGACGACGACGUCGUCGAGCUGGUGCGAGGCUGCCCCCAGCUCCAGUCGCUGACCAUCGGCGGCGCGGAGCGGCUGACGUGCGCGCUGCCGGCGCGCGCGGCGGCGGCGCGGCGCGCGGCCAGCCCGCGCCGGCCGCUGCGGCUCGACCUCAGCUACACCAACCUCUCCGACGAGUAUUAUCUCAGACUACAAGACCGAGGGCUUGAGCGCAACGGGCAAUACGAAGAAAUGAAAACAAACUAUGAAGACUUGAUAGUAGUCCUCGAGAAUACGAUGGACGAGUAUGACGACGAAGAGCAGUCCGACGAAGAAUUCCAGGACAAUGACUUCGAUUACUACGACUACUCGUACGAUGACUACGACGAGGUCGAGGAGGAGGAGAGUGAUCAGGAGGGGGGCGAUCAGGAGGAGGAAUAGGAUUGAUAAUAAAGACUGAUAAGUACUUAAUAAUGUUUUGUAAGU